CUGGCAGCCAGCAUGAGGGGAGUGCAGCCGGCCUUGUUCUGGUGUUCAAUAUUGGACGCGUGGUCGAGUAGCAGGGCCACAACAUCUCUAUGCCCCUUCCAGCAGGCCAGGGAGGAGCUGAGCCACUGUCAAAUGACCCUCCCUGCAGUGUGCGUGUGUGCGUGCAUGCGUGCGAGGGGGAGUAACAAUCAUGUUCGCAUACUCACUCUUGCGUUCAUAUCUGGUGACACAAAAUGUCGUUCCGUUGUCCGAGGAGCUGGAGUUGGUGGGCAAUAAAUGGAAGUUGACGGCGGCGGGAUCGAUGGCCUUCAUGUGUGUGGAGUGGACAGG